AUGAAAAAUGGUAAAUGCUCUAAAUACUUCCCAAAGAAGUUUAACGAGGAAACUAUUGUUGAUGCAGAAGGUUAUCCCCUCUAUAGGAGAAGAUCAAAAACCCACGUUAUUGAAAAAAAUGGUAUCGCAUUGGACAACCGUCAUGUGGUACCUUAUAACAAAAGAUUUCUCCUCAAAUAUAACGCACAUAUAAACAUGGAAUGGUGUAACCAGAGCACUUCAAUCAAAUAUCUUUUCAAAUACAUUAGCAAAGGCUAUGACAGAAUAACAGCUUCGGUGUCAACCAACAACAAUGAACCGGUUGAUGAAAUAAAACAAUACUUAGAUUGCAGAUAUAUCUCACCAUGUGAAGCAUGCUGGAGAAUUUACUCCUUUCACAUUCAUGGUAGAAGACCGGCAGUUGAACGUAUGUUUUAUCACUUGGUAGGCGAAAAGGCUGUUUACUACACUGAUCACGAUCGAAUGGAAAAUGUUUUGGAGAAUGCAAGUGUUACUGAUUCCAUGUUUACUGGUUGGCUAUCUGCCAACUCAAAGUAUACUGAGGCACAGUCACUCACUUAUGGUCAAUUUGUAUCUAAGUUUGUUUACCACAAAAAAGAAAGGGAGUGGAGGCCCCGCAAAAAGGGAUUCACCAUUGGGAGAUUGAUAUGGGUUCCACCAACAACAGGUGAACUUUUUUACCUGCGGAUGAUGUUGACGGUAGUCAAGGGACCAAAAAGUUAUGAAAAAAUUCGCAAGGUCGGUAAUACCCAGUAUGAAACAUUUAGAGAUGCAUGCUUUGCCAUGGGAUUUCUGGAAGAUGACAAAGAAUAUAUUGGUGCACUCAAAGAGGCCAGUGAGUGGGGCUCUGGACAUUUUGUCCGAAAACUAUUUGUGGUGAUGCUAUUAUCAGGUGCUGUUAAUCGCCCAGCACACGUUUGGAAGGAAUCAUGGCAGCUGUUAUCUGAUGGUGUCCUACAUGCUCAAAGGCAAUUGGCUUUAAAUACAGAUGCCGAAUUACAACAUUUGACCCUGAUUGAAAUAGAAAAGCUGCUUCAAGAAAAUAAAAGGACACUAAAAGAUUUCAAACCAAUCCCUUAUCCAGAUGGAUAUGUUCUGCAACAAUUAGGUAAUAGACUGAUAUAUGACGAACGCAAUUAUAACAUUGCCAAAACAAAGACAGAAUUCACAAAUCUCUUUCGUGGACUUACAGAUGAACAGACAGCCAUGUAUCAAAAAAUUAUGCGCGCAGUUGAGUCUCAGAAUGGUGCAGUCUUCUUCCUACAUGGUUACGGUGGAACCGGUAAGACAUACAUGUGGAGAACACUGGCAGCAGCAUUAAGGUCGAAGCAUGAUAUAUGUCUGACAGUCGCAACCAGUGGUAUAGCGUCAUUAUUGUUGCCAGGAGGUCGAACUGCACAUUCAAAAUUUAAGAUACCAGUGCCAACGCUCGAUAAUUCUACUUGCAAAAUUGAGUAUAAUGAUGAUGUGGGAGACCUUCUUAGACAAACUAAACUAAUUAUUUGGGAUGAGGCUCCAAUGGCACACAAGCAUACUUUUGAAGCACUUGAUAGAACGCUCAGAGACGUAAUGUCUAAAUACGGUAACUCCAAGGAGAUGUUUGGUGGAAAAGUUGCUGUGUUUGGAGGUGAUUUCUGGCAGAUUUUACCUGUUGUCCCUCGAGGAAGCCGUUCGGAUAUUGUACAUUCUGCCAUAAAUGCGUCUUACAUAUGGAAUUCUGUUCAAGUGUUAACAUUAACCAAAAACAUGCGCCUCCAAUCCGGUCCGACCGAAGAUGAUAAAAAUGAAAUGCAACAGUUUUCUGAAUGGUUGUUAAGAAUUGGCGAAGGAAAAGUAUCUGAGCCCAAUGACGGUGUGACAGAUUUUGAAAUUCCACCUGACCUGUUGAUAACACAGUUCGAAGACCCAAUCGUCGCCAUUGUUGAUGCUACAUAUCCUGACUUAAUUCACAAUUUUCAUUCAAUCCAAUACCUUAAGGGUCGAGCAAUUCUGGCUUCAACAUUAGAAAUUGUGGAACAAAUAAACAAUCAUAUCCUUGACUUAAUCCCAGGAGACAUUCGGGAUUACUACAGCUCCAAUACUGUGGAUAAGUCCGAAAUCAAUGACGACACAGUGGUAAAUAUCCUAACUCCGGAAUUUCUCAGUUCCCUCCGUACAUCUGGUUUGCCUACCCAUCAUUUAAAGUUAAAGGUUGGAACACCAAUUAUGCUCAUGAGGAAUAUUGAUCAGUCAGAAGGACUAUGUAAUGGAACAAGGUUGAUAGUAACAAAAUUAGGGAUACAUGUUAUUGAAGCUUCGAUAAUAGCUGGAAAGAACUGUGGCAAUCGGGUGUACAUCCCACGAAUGGAUAUGUCACCUUCCCAAUCACCAUGGUCGUUCAAGCUCAACAGAAGACAGUUCCCCAUUAUAGUGUCAUAUGCCAUGACAAUUAACAAAUCCCAAGGACAAUCUUUGGAUACUGUUGGUCUAUACCUACCAAGGGAUGUUUUUACACAUGGACAAAUAUAUGUUGCACUAUCAAGAGUGACAACCAAACAAGGAAUCAAGAUAUUAAUACAUGAUCAACAUGCAAAAGUUAAAACAACAACUACAAAUGUAGUUUACAAGGAGAUCUUUGACAAUAUAUAA